AGGAUUUGGGGAUCCAGGUGCUGGCAGCACUGAGGACGGAUGAGCCGGCACUCUUCCCUUAGGAAACGCCACCAGCUCCUCACAGCACGGAGGCCCAGCAUGAAUGGGAACUGUGCUGGGGGGACAGACUGGUCGAGGAACCCGGAGUCCAGUUGCCCUGUGGAGAACAGAACUGUGGCAUCUCAUGAGUCAGAAGAAAGUGCUGUGGUGGUAGGAGGUCACAGCUCUGCUGCAGUUCCCAGGACUGAGGGUUUGGAGCCCGAAUGCCGACACAGCACUUGCCCAGGAAGUCCCCAGAUCAGCUGCAUGCUCUCUGCUCCUGAAGACACUCACAGCUGCCAUUUCCCAGAUGGAAACAAGAGACAGGUGGAAUAUUUUAGUCCCCAGGAACGCCAUGGAUGCUGUGCUUUGUCUUCAAGCAGCAGUUCACAGACAGUGGCUCCUGAGAAAGUGACCCUUGUGGUGGAUGGCACUCGCUUUGCAGUGAACCCCCAGAUCUUCACUGCUCACCCUGACACCAUGCUGGGAAGAAUGUUUGGACCAGGAAGAGAAUACAAUUUCACCAGGCCCAAUGAGAAGGGAGAGUAUGAAAUCGCAGAGGGGAUCAGCUCGGCCGUGUUCCGCACGGUGCUGGAUUAUUACAAAACUGGAAUCAUUAACUGCCCUGAUGGGAUUUCCAUCCCAGACCUUCGAGACACAUGUGAUUACCUCUGCAUAAACUUUGAUUUCAACACAAUCAAAUGUCAAGACUUAAGUGCUCUGUUACACGAGCUCUCCAACGAUGGGGCUCACAAGCAGUUUGACAGCUACCUGGAGGAGCUGAUCCUGCCCAUCAUGGUGGACAGUGCCAGGAAGGGGGAGCGGGAAUGUCACAUCGUCGUGCUGACAGAUGAAGACACCGUGGACUGGGAUGAAGAUCAUCCACCUCCCAUGGGAGAGGAGUACUCACAGAUCCUUUACAGUUCCAAGCUGUACAGAUUCUUCAAGUACAUCGAGAACCGGGACGUGGCAAAAGCCGUGUUAAAGGAACGGGGCCUGAAAAACAUUCGCAUUGGCAUCGAAGGCUAUCCCACCUGCAAAGAGAAGGUGAAGAGGAGGCCCGGUGGGCGCUCAGAAGUGAUCUACAACUACGUCCAGCGGCCCUUCAUCCAGAUGUCCUGGGAGAAGGAGGAGGGCAAGAGCCGCCACGUGGAUUUCCAGUGUGUUCGGAGCAAAUCCCUCACAAACCUGGUCACGGUGGGGGAUGAUGUCUCAGAGGACCACGAGGUGAUAAUGCAUCACCCCCCCCAGGUGGAUGAACUGGACAGGCUGAAUGCCCCCUUCUCCCAGAUGGUUUUGAACGAUGUCCCGGAUUAGUGCUGGAGAAUCCUGCUGGAUGUGGGAACAUCUCAGCGUGGUCUCAUCCCGAGCAGUGGAACACAGACUCCUGCAAGGUGCUCUAUUCAUGCUCUUACUGCGUUGUCAUAUUACAAGCAUGUUAAUAAAGAGCCACACUCCAUAGUCUUAAUUGUGCAAUCAAAAGCAACAUCUCCUCAGACAAAAAGGAAACGAUGCCGUUUGUUUCUGCUACAAAGGCUUCCGGAUUGGUGGGUGCUGAAUAUUUUAUCUAAACUUCUAAAAGAAGAGCACAAUUAUGUAGAAACAUCUUGUUUGACAUGAGAGAGGAAAUUCUGGGCCUGUCAAGACAAAGCUUUCCUUUACCAUUAGGCACUUAGCUUUGCUUUUGUGGGAAUCAGUUACAGAGAAGUGAACAUCAAAGCAGGACAGAUGAUGCUCUUUCAUCAACCAGCAGAAAUGUAGCACAGUUGUGACAGCAAAAUCCUGAGCGUGGAGGAAUCUGUUUGCACUGCCACCUGGCUUUGGAUCCAGCAUGCUGUACUGUCUAGAAUAAACCAGGUCCAUAGGAAGCUUAUGCCUGUUCACAGGAAUGUCCCAUAUAUACUUCUCCAUGAGAUGGAAUCAUUGUUUUUAGGAAUGUUUUCUGUUAAGUUCAGUAAAAUGAGUAGAUGGUGCUGAAGGAAAACCCAAAAGAGACUGUAGCUGAUGCUUUACCAACCAAGUAAAUCUGUUUAGUAGCCAAGUAGAUGUGAACCUUUCUAGAGGUGACUGUGCAUGCUACAGACUUUCAGUUGUCUCCUCCAUCCCCCUGCUCAGACAAAAAGCCAGUGGAGGAGCUCCCAGAACAAACAGUACCUGAGUAAAAUCCAUGGUCUCAUCCACCUUAGUUGGUCAGAAUUCCUGUAGACUCUCCAAGGAACACUGUGCUGCUGCAGCUUUAAAAGGCCAGCUACUUCCCAGUGUGGAACUGAGUGGACUAUUUUGUUGUCAGACAGGUAAGAAAUACCAAUAGUAACCCAGCCCUCAGGAGAGAAAAAUACUCAUACCUGGCAACAACUCCUUUGCUGCUCUGAGUGUAGUAUCCUGGUCUGUGUAAGGCUCUGGGAAUUUUGGGUUCAGGGCCAACAAAGCUGUGACUGUGAGAACAGACACACUCCAGGCUGGUUUAGCAUAGAUAGGUUGGAGCUUGCUGGUCUUGUUCCUGCAGCAGGAGUUUCUUUUAGGAAUUUUCUGUAGGAAUUACCUGUAGGACUUCCCUCUAGGCUGACUGAUGAGCACAUGGUGAGUUCAGCUCUGCCCCAGCUGAGCUGAGGGCACUCAGAACAGGGCAGCCUCACAGAGCCAUCCCUUCUGGCUGGAGGGGAGUUUAAAGACUCCAGAACUGCAGUAUUUGAACAUGGUGCUGCUGCAAAGAAAAGCUGAAACCAUUCAGGAAGAAAGAGAGGGACAGGGUUCCUUGCAAAGUUGUUCAGGUCAGUGCUGCUCUUAGAUGGUGUUGAAACCUGGACCAUUUGGGCACUGAGCUACCUGGUCAGACUUGGCAAAGCAGAGGUCAGUGUUAGUCUGCCCCUAGAAAGUUUAAUCCUUUAUUAUCAGGACUGCAUCAUACAUCAAUUUGUAUUAUUCUCCCUCUGACUGCCAAGUGCAUGGAGCAUUUGCUGACCAGUGAGGAUUGCUGCUGUUUGCUGCUGAGGAUGGUUGUGGUUUUCGGUGUAACAUGACAAGAUCAAGCAAAACUUUUUAGUUAUGAGUAACAAAUCUCUGCCAAGACACCUCUUGCUGAUAUGUUCAGUUCCCAUUUGUGUGGAUACAGGUUUCUGAUUCUGUUCUUAGCUUUUUUCCCAAGUGCAGCAAAUAGAUCUCUUCUUUUUAAAAGUGCCUGUGAGAAGAUUUCAGGUCCCAGGGUUUCAGAUGCCCAAGUUCCACCUGAGUACUUUUGAAAACUCCUCCCUCUGUGUCAUUGGGUCAGUACAAGAAGUGUCCUUCAGUGCCUGCACAGAGCUGGGGGGGUGUGCAGUCACUCCCUCUGUUGCUCCAGAUGAAUUUCUAUUUUUGUAGUAGAGAAAGGAAGACAUAUGGACCAUUAACCUCCCACCUGGGGCCAGACCAGCCCCAUUCCCAGCCCUGGUGAUGAGCCAUUCCCUCAGGACAGACAGCAGCACUGGUGAGCCUGUGUGUGCCCAGCAGGGAUGGAGGUUGCCCCCAGGCCCUGUGUGCCCAGCAGUGAUGCCCCCCAGGCCCUGUGAUUAUGUUUUUCAGUGUGUAUUUAUUUUUACUACAGUGUCAGUUUUGAUUAUUUGAGUAUUGGUAUUGCCCAGCUGAGUUGCAGUUGGAGCUUGCACAUGUUCUGCUCUAGGGACUGAAGGGGGGGUGUUGUUGAAAGCUCCUCUUCAGGACUCUGUCAAGGCAUCAGGUGCUGAGAAUUGGACCUCGAUGGCACCUUUUGGGAUCUGACAGCAAAGUGCCAUGGCCAGCCAAACCAAAUCCCACCGUGUGUGUCCCUGAGCCCAGGGGUCAGCUCAGCCUCUGGAAGGAUCUGGCCAGUUUGUUAGAAACAGUGGCCAUGGGUUAAAGACUGUCACUGCCUGUAGGAGCUCGUGGUUCCCUGUGUAAUCAACUGGACCUCCAGCUCCCAUGAUUUCCAUGAAGUUUUUACCACUCACCCAGUGUAGUUUAUUGGCUUUCCCAAGUAACUAAAGAUGAAUUCAGGAUUUUAAUUUUUGUUAGUAAAGUGAAUUCCUUUGGAACACUGAAUAAAAUUGAAAAGGUGUUUGCUUUUCCUCCUCUCACGGUCACCUACUUCAGGUACAAGGUCAACUCUUGUCUUAUUCUAGAUGUACUGAAGUGUUCCCCAUGCUGUGUAUGAACUCCAGAUGUAUGGUUUCUGUAUUAAAAUAUAAAUUAUA